GCGUCGCUGUUGCGUUAGAGGAGUCUGACGUCUUUUACGUCAAAUGCUCUUUGGUUCGGUGGAAUGACUUUGUUUCCGGAUGUUUAGCUAGUAGCAAGAAUGGCUGCGCUGUUUACGUGUUGUCUAGGCUGCUGUGGAGAUGGCGGAUCUGGGCAUAUUCCCCUGAAAGAAAUGCCUAUUGUUCAGCUAGAUACUCACCACAUGGGCACCGAUGUUGUCAUUGUGAAGAGUGGCCGGAGGAUAUGUGGCACUGGAGGCUGUCUGGCCAACGCUCCUCUGCACCAGAACAAAAGUUAUUUUGAGUUUAAGAUCCAGUCCACUGGUGUGUGGGGAAUAGGUGUGGCGACACAGAAAGUGAAUCUUAAUCAAGUGCCUAUGGGCAGAGACACAAACAGCUUAGUCCUGAGGCAUGAUGGGUCUGUGUACCACAAUAAUGAAGAGAAGAAUCGCCUACCCGCAAACAGCCUUCCUCAGGAGGGCGACAUUGUGGGCUUCACAUAUGACCACGUGGAGCUGAAUAUAUAUCUGAAUGGAAAGAACAUGCACUGUCCUGCCUCAGGGAUCCGAGGCACUGUAUACCCCGUUGUUUAUGUGGACGACAGUGCCAUCUUAGACUGCCAGUUUAGUGACUUCUACCACCCAGCUCCACACGGAUUUGAGAAGAUCCUCUUUGAACAGCAAAUCUUCUAAAGGAUCACUUCAGCCUUAGCGCCACUUUACGUUGUCACCCUCUCCUGUAUCUCAUAGCAACCUCUGUGACACUACAGUUUGACCUUGAUUGGAUAUCAUGUGUGGCUUAAUGCCUCUUUUUUUGUUUCCCCUGAUUACUAUGUCUCUGUACUCAUGCCCCGCAUUGACGUUGGAGUAUCCUUGAAGGAGUGGGGAUUUCUGAUCAUUGUGCUGCUAUGAAUAUGCUGGCGGUUAACUGUCAAAUAAUUACCUUAUGUCAGUGGUCCUCACCUUGUAUUAACUGAAAUACUUUGAAUCGCUGCUUUAUUCUCAAUCUGUGUGGAAAUGUCGGGACAGCGGAUGAAAUGGUAAAAUGUUCACAUUUUUCAGGAUCCAAAAGCCAUGUCUUAUUCACAUUGCUUUAGACUUGUAUUAUUUGAUUAGGUAAUCUCAUAAAUGUCGUACUCACUCAGCACACGCCCUAUAUUUAUUUGUAUUUAUCUGGGUCACCUAUUAGACUGAUAUGUCUCUUUGAUUUAACAAAACGUGGUCUUUUGGUUUUUGGCCAGCCAGGGUGUGAACUCAUGAAUGAUCAGCUGUAGAUACUGACACGUAUAUCAACAAUCAUUCACUAUUGCAACACUUUUUCAGUUUGAGUUGACAGAAAGAUGGUUUAAAAUAUGCACUCUAGAAAAAACCAGAACACAUUCCCAGAGAACUGCUGCUUUGACUUUCACUGAGGUAUGCUGAGGGGACAUGCUAAAAUAUAUUAUACAAAGUUAAAAAAAAAACAUUUCUUAAAUUGCUGACACUAAUGAUGUAUUACGCUUGAUUUCCAAAUCAUUUUUAUGAACAGCUCCUUAGAUUUCUCACACUUUCUUUCCUGAAAUCUCUGACGGUGAAUUUAUUCUAUCAGAAUAUUAACAGCGUUGGUGCCGGCUGUCUUUGAUUAAAGAUAUCAAUGUCUAAAACUGUCAAUCUGUUGUGUUGUAUUGACAUUGCAUAAUUCGCUGCUAACAGUUAAAUAUUUCAAAUGCUUGUCUUUGGUUGCACUAAUGAUGUUAUUGUACAAGCAUAUCCAAAUAUUCAUUAAAGUUUUGUGUCUGGAGGCAAA